AUGACAUCACAAGAUAGACUACAGGAUGAAGAGUUGAUUAGAGCUUUGGAAAACGAGGAAUUGUAUGAAGUCCGUUCUCGCGGCGGCGUUUCGGUAGAAGUGGGUCGUCAAAGGCCGGUAGAUGACGAUACCUGUGUUUCUUCCAUUACAGAUGGCCUUCAAAAUGCAGAUCUCUUUGUGGACCGAAUGUACCCAACACUGAAUCUUGUCCCAGAGGAGAACGAGACAGACAGCGCCAAGUUAUUCACACAGCAAUCCACGGUGGGGGGGAGCGAUCAACAGAGUCAGCCAUCGACUGACAAUGAGCAGUUUUCAGUGAUGAAAGAAAGCCUGAGAAGCAGCGAAGAUGCAAUCCUGAAAGCAACCAAAAUGGACGAGAAAAAUGCCCAGAUAGGCGCCCAGAUGAUGGGUCCAUCGCCAGAUGAUGACCUGGCACAUAAGCUGGAGGUGAAGGUUUCAACGUUUCAGCUGUCACCACAACCCGUGGAGGAUCAUACUAUUGAGAAAGAUUUGUUGACAGAGAAGAAAGCGAAUUUGGGAGCUACGGCACCACCGGCAACAACAUCCGAAAUCGGCGGGCUGGGCGACCCUCAUCCUGCCGAGAAUGCAGACGCUGGUCCUUCUGAUGCAAACACGGAUGGUACCAUCCACAAACCAACGGGAAGCUCCACGACGCCAUCGCCUGGAACCCUAAAUUCCGAAAGCCUGCGACGCGAAGCAGAUGCGGCAAUCCAGCCGCUCCCGCAGCAGCAGCAAGGAGGCAGCAAUUUACAGGCAUCCAGGCCAGGCGCAUUCCGCAGCUUUCGCCCUGGCUACAACGACCACUCGAGCCACCAUGGUUACGAGGAGGAGGAGGAGGCCACUACUCCAGAGCCAGCUACCAGUACAAAUGCUGCAGUAGAAGAUUGCCAUCUGCCCGACACCAACGACGCCACAGACAAACACGAAUGUACAUCUUCUUGCUGA